AUGCGUGCGUUGCCAGUACUACUGCCCCUGCUGAUGUGUGUGGUGGUAGGUCUGAACCAGGUGAGGGUGGAGGUGAAGGCAGUGAAGCUGUGUGGAGAGUUCCUCAGGGCCGUCGUCUACACCUGUGGAGGCUCCCGCUUUAGACAGCUCCUCAACAAGCCAGAACAGCUGGAGGGUGAGUUUGGCAAUGAGGAGAAGAGUCCGAUCAGUCUAGAGGACCUGAAGGCCAGUCUGUGGUCAGAGUUCAGCAGACGUGACCUGAACAACAUGCUGACCACCGUGUGCUACCAGGUGGGCUGUAGGAAGAGCGACCUCACCCACCUCUGCUGA